AUGGCGCUACUGUUGAAAAUAGUUCGCUCCGUACGUUUUGGUCGUAAAUUCCAUUGUAAAAUUGAGGAUACCUACCCGCUGGAUGCGUCCAUCCGAAACAAACCCAAAGUAAGCAAACCGGCCGACUACGAAAUGAUGCCCGGAAUGUCGCCCAAGGUGUUCCGUGAGACGGAGUACGAUAGUCAACUCGGACCCAUACCGGUGACGGGAAACGAGGCGAAGAACUAUACGUACAAGAAUCCGGAAUAUUUCUCGUACCAUAACUAUUCGUUUUACGACAUUGGCCGCGCGGUAGGGUGUGCCUACCGGGCGCAACCGAGCGCACUGCCGAAACGCACCAAACGGUUCCGGCUUCCGUGGCAGCGGGAGGAAGAUAUUCCGUACGAUGCAGCAAUUCCAGUGACGUCAACAUGCUCGCAGUGUGAGUUUGAGACAAAAUCGGAACAAAUAAUGGAGCAAAAUUGGGAACAAAAUUCGAAAAGUUAA